UUGAUGCCCGGUAGCAGACGAAGCGCUUCCUAUGAGUGACCGUCCGUCAAAGGCAACAAACCCAAGGACAGGUUGCUCACAGCAUAAACGAUGGAACUUAGCACAGCUAGUUAAGCGGUUAAAGGUUAAUAUCCAUGGACGUCGACAUAAUUCUCUGACUAGUAAUAAGGAUCUAAGAGGCGGUGCGAGCGUCGCUCAUAACGAUUGUCACGUAAUUGGCUCGCUAGAACCGCAUAAAGGCAAAAAUCGACUACCGGUUGAAGAACUGGCGUAAACGAAACCCGCACUAUUGGAAGCGCCUGUUACAUAUCUAUAUGUGUACCUCAGUAAUGGGCAAUGUCGCCAAUGGGCACUGCAGCGGAGUCCAAUGUUGCACUUUGCUCUAGGCCAGUGCGUGCUUACUUACCGAUAUGUCUGCGCGUGGGUCGAAAAACGGUCGCUUAAAGCUGUUGUCUUGCGUGAGAAUAUGGUCAAUCUUAUUACACUGAUUCACACGUUUGGCCGGAUAGAUCCCGAAGUAUCAGAGCCAGUUGCCGAACAAUUGCAGAAAUUCAUCUGCAACCUUGAGGAUCUCGAUCGUCAGCUCGCCGAACUCUCUAACCUGCCAAGUCUUAACUGGCAAUCAAUUAUGUCAGCCUUAAAAACUGCAGUGCAGGAACAUAAGGCGUUUCUAGACCCCAGGCCACUUGCCGAUUUCGUACCAUCUAUUGACGACUUUACAGAGAUAAAGUUGUUGGGCAAAGUAGCGUUCGGAGCCGUAUAUAAAGCUAUAUUCAAGGGUGAUCUCAAGGUGGCCCUAAAAGUAAUACCUCAACUGAAGUUUCGUUUCGAUCCUCGAGAUGAUACGCCAUAUAUAGACAGGAUGAUCGCUUCGGUAGUUAUGAACCAUCCAUAUAUUUGCCAGAUAUACUGCUCGUUUAUAGCGUCCGCCAAGGAUCAAGCUGGGCUAGUCCUUGAUUCACCAACUCUUGGCACCUCCGUUACUGUGAUGGAGGUACUUGACGGCGUAGAUCUUACCGAACGCAUUGGAAAGAACUCGUCGUUAACUGCUAACCUAACACAGGUUCUGAUGCAGCAAUGUAUGAUGGCUAUUGAGCAUCUGCAUUUGAGCGGGUGUAUCCAUAGGAAUAUUAAGCCGGCGAACAUAAUGGUAAUGCGCGAUGGCCGUCUAAAGCUGAUCGACUUCGACGAAAGCUGGGUGUGCAUUUGCCACACCGGUAAUCAAUUCCAAAUGUCCUAUUUCAGUCGGACUGCCGUGGAGUUUUCUGGACGAGACAAGGCUGGUACGGAGGCGUAUAUGGCGCCAGAAGUCCACCGGGGCAAAGCUUUCGGCCGAGCUUCGGAUUGGUGGUCAGUUGGAAUCGUGCAUUUCAGGUUGGCAUUUGGACGACUUCCUUUUAGAAAUCAACAAAUAGUUGAGCAAAUUGUUAAUAAAGAGCUCGAAUGGGAUCGGUUUGGAGAUGGCUUGGACGGACAUUUUACUGCACUUAAAAAUUACCUAUUCAAAAUUCUGGCGAAAGAGUCUAGAAACAGAUUGGGCUCACGCGACUAUUCAGAAAUUUUCGAGCAUCCCUUGUUUGCGGACGUUGACUGGCAGAAACUGCCAGAACAGGUCACCUGGUAUGAAGAACUAGAUGUUGCGUUUGCCAAUCGGUAUUCAAUCGAAAGUGAUGAGGAUCGACAGUUGCCAGGGAACGGGGUUAAAAAUGAUAAGCUUUGUCUAAAAGGUUUGAUCGACAGUCACCGAGAUCACGUUCCUUUGAUGACGUUCUCGUCGAAACUCAUCAAGAAGCUUGUUACUGGCGAUACGGGCCCCAACGGAAAUGACGAUCUUGUUCGGUGGCGGCAUAUAAGUGAUUUAAAGAAGUCGAGUGACGAAACUAUUGGCGGAACGACAAGUGCUGACAAAAGACAGAAAAAGGGGCCGGUACAAGUGAUCAUUCAGAAUUUAACUAAAGUCAGUCUCUGCGGAAGUACACGUCGACCGGUCACACUUCGUAGGUUGCUGAGUGAAGAUGGGAUGCAUCGUUAUAUAGUAAACGAGAUUGCCAAGGGGGCGAAAAUACUCGGUGAGGCAAAACUCUAUUAUGGCGAUCUUGUACUAGAAAUCGAUAAGAUAUCGAUAACGAAUUUGCCAGAACAUCGAGUAGAUCAGCUGCUUGCGAAAAGAGGCUCGCCAUUAGUUUUGUCCGUGGCACAGUUAAAUCCGUUUCGCGAUGCCGGGGAGUCGACAUUCAAUAUGUCCCAAUUACUGUUUCGUUACAAGCCAAUGCAUGUUAAUUUUCAAGGUACAUUUAUGCCGAGAAAAUGUUGGCGACAACCUCAGGUGGUGCACGGCUUCACUCUUGUUGUACGAAAGGUCUACCUAGCCGGAGCUGCUGAACUCGUUUGCUUCGUAGACACCCAUGAGGUCGCUAUGCAGUGCAUAGCCUCAAGCGGGAACAAAGAUUUAAAACGAAAUGUUAAGGACGAAAAAGAUAUGGUGAACAUAUAUACAGGCGACAUCAUACUUGCCAUCAAUAACACUAGAUUAGAACAUCUUAUCCGUGGCAAUGACCCAGAAAAACAGAUCCGCUGUUUAACUUCGAGUACCUUCCUGGAUCUCGACUUCGUUCCGUGCUCGCCCAUCAGAGUGACCAAUCUGUCCGUUGACCCAGCAUUUAUAUAGAUUAACCCUCAAGAAGUCUUGUUAGCAACCCAUUUACGUUACACUAAACUGCACAAAGGCUUCAAGGGUACUGCUUUCAGGAGGGUAGCGGCGUCUUUAUGACGAGCAAAAUGUAUGUAGCUUAUUUGUGUACGACAUUUUGUGUAUUACAUUGGCAUUCACAUUUAGUAUUUAUGCAGUAGAUCAACUUUACAAGAUUUCUUGCUGAGUUGUUUAAUGAUAUGGUAACCACAAAUAUUGUACCUCUGUGCAAAACAAAAAUAAGAAAACCAAUCUUCGCCGUUGCGAAAGUAGCAGCAGAUACAAGAAUGAGGCGAAGCUUUUAGGAUGAGAACAAUAAUAGGAAAGGACGAUAUCCGGGAAGAACGUACAUCUUAAAAAAGACGUCGGAUCAAGGCUAUAGCACUUCAAAAAUGUCUGCCCCCCUGACGUGAUCUUUAAUUUUCUUAUUCUGCUACACUGUAUCUAAUACUCAAUAAGUACACUGGUACAUGGUUUUAUUCCGUUCAUUUGUAAUUAAUAACACAAUAACACUUGCGAACUCGGAAACAAAACAGUUUUAAUCUUUGCAGGAGCUCCUAUCUCAAAGUAAAACAAUCCUUAAUUUUUCGGAAUUUCAUGCAAACGAGUUAGUCGCUCUAAUUUCACACCAAAAACCACGAUAGUAAUCAAUCGAAGAAGAUCCGAUCGAAAGAAGAUAAAUUAUUGACGUCGUUAACAUAAUAAUUUUAUAUAUAAAACUUUUUACUCAUUAUUUUUGUGCCUAUUGAAAAGAGCUUAAAGAUCGUGAAUCAUGAAUGCUUGAAGACAGCUUAACAAAGUUAUGUUUGCCUCGGUUUACGCAAGGAUCUAUUCAAAUAUUUUUCCAUAUAUGUGAAUUUCAUCGUGGUGCUAUUCUCAUCCCUAAGCCUUCACAAAAUCGGUAAGUUUUGCGAUAAACAUGGUCAAACGUUUUGUUAUACAAUCUAUCAGCAUCAGCUCCAAUAAAAAUCUAAUAUACUCGUAUAGGUGCAUUUAUUACCCAGUGGUGACCGAAAAAUGAUAUUAUUAAAAAAAAAAA